ACAAGACGAGCAGUAUUCAUGCGUAACAUAAAUAGCAUCAUUCAGUAUCUGGCUAGGACUCUCAGCCCUGCUGGCGAUCCACUGCCAAGACGUUGAGCGAGAACCAGGCUGAGCCUCAACUCCAAUUCUGCGUGAAUCCGAUAGACGCAUACAAAUUCCAUGUGUCUUCACUGGCAGAUAAAACAAAUACAAUACAGGAGGCAUACAAGGACACCGCACAUUACCAGCAUGUCUGUUAACGUAUUGACUAUUGCUCAGCUUGGGCGCGUGGCGAUUGGCCAAGGAGCGGUGAGCAUCGAUUCAUGGUGGAUUGAUCAAUCAAUAAUACGAUUGUCAUUUCCGCCGCUUCCGUUGCCAAAAAAAGAUCCAUUGAUGGCGUGGUGGCUUGGUGGCACUCAGGGGUUGUUGAACAAUAUUAUUAUAAUGAAAUGGCAUAAUGAUAUUAAGGGGCUUGGUUACCGACGCUUAAUGUGAUUGUUAUUAUAAUUUAUGAUUGAUGGCUGUCCUGCAAGUUGCGUAAAUCAUAAUUAGAUCCAUGACAAGGACAAGGAACUGCGAUGUAUCCCCAAUUCUCGUCUGUAUCGGUCCCCCGCUGCCCUCUUGCUCUC